AUGACUGCUCGGAUCGCCAUCGUCGGAGCCGGCGAGGUCGGUGCCGCCACCGCGUUUGCCCUGCUGCGUGGCUCCCUGUACAGCGAGCUGCUGCUGGUCGACGUCAAGCCCGAGAAGAGGGACGGCCAGGUGCGUGAUCUGUCUGACGCGUGCGGCGCCGAAGACAGUACCACACGUGUCCGGGCGGGAACGCUCAGGGAGGCCGGCGAGUGUGACGUGGUGGUGAUUACGGCAGGAUCCAAGAGGACGAGAGUUGACUUACUUUGCCCCCCGGGAAAUCCAGGCGAGACCUCGAUCCAAUUGGUACAGCGCAACACAGCCAUACUCCAGCGGAUCAUCGACUCGAUGAGACCACUCCGCCCGGACCUCGUCCUGCUGGUCGUGUCACACCCGGUCGACGUGCUUACGACGCUGGCGCAGCAGCUCUCGGGCCUGCCCAAGUCCCAGGUGAUCGGCUCCGGCACGUUCGUCGACACGGUGCGUCUCCGGAGAAUGCUGGCAGAUCGGUUCGAGAUCGCACCCAGCUCCAUCAACGCAUACGUGCUCGGCGAGCACGGCGACUCGCAGUUCGUGGCGUGGUCACACGCGUCGAUCGACGGCGUCCCCAUCACCGAGGCCGAGACCGUCGCCGCCCAGGGCUCCUCGUUCGACCGCGCGGCGCUGGCGGACGAGUGCAAGCGCGAGGGCCAGCGCAUCGUCGAGACCAAGGGCGCCAUCGCGUUCGGCAUCGCGUCCGUCGUGGCCAGCCUGUGCGCGUCUAUCCUGUUCGACCGCCGUGACGUGCGGCCCGUCAGCCACUUCCAGCCGGACCCGGAGCUCGGCUGCUGCGUCAGCACGCCUGUCGUGCUGGGGAAGGGGGGCGUCGUCAAGACCCUGCCCCUGCCGCUGUCCGCCGACGAGAAGGCUAAGUUGGCCCAGUCGGCCAAGGUCGUGCGUGAUGCCGCGCAGCAUUUGCUCGGGCCAUAA